AUGAUAGGGCGGAAACUCGAAGAAGCUCGCAACGAAACGAAUGAUUCGCUGAGAAAGCUAUCACAGGUUGAAAGCGAGCUACAAGAAGCUAAACAGCAGUAUCGGCAACAAGAAGAAGAACUGCAUCGCAAAUCCAAUUUCCUGAAUAUCGUGGAAACGGCGAAAAGUAAGCUAGAAGCGGUCAUCUGGGACUUGCAGACUGAAGUGAAAGCACUUAAGAAUAAGGUUGAAUUUCUGGAAAAGGAGCGGGAAAAUCUGCAGAGUCAGAGUGAAAGUCAAACCAAACUGCAAAAUUCACAAGUUAAUGCUCUGGAGGCGGUACUCGAAUCAGUCACCAAGGAAAAAAAGUCCACGAAGGACCAUUACGAAGGCUUACUGGAACGUGAGCGUCAGCAGGCGCAAGAACGUGAGUAUGCGAUGAAAAAAGAAUUCAGUUCAAAAUUAAAUGAACUGGAAUCGCAGUACAAUAGUUUGAAGGAUCAUUUGGAAAGCGAUGUACAACAGAAUCAAGGAGAGGAAGUGUCGAUGUUGAAGGAAGAAAAAAGUGUGCUAUCAGUAGAAGUUGAUACGUUGAAACGUAAACUUGAUUUGCUGACAUCAAUGAAAGAG